AUGGUCAAGACUUCCGUCCUCAACGAUGCGCUCAACGCCAUCAACAACGCUGAGAAGGCCGGCAAGCGCCAGGUCAUGAUCCGCCCUUCCUCCAAGGUCAUUGUCAAGUUCUUGACCGUCAUGCAGCGUCACGGCUACAUUGGCGAGUUCGAAGAGGUCGACGACCACCGCAACGGCAAGAUCGUUAUCCAGCUUAACGGCCGCAUCAACAAGACCGGUGUCAUCUCCCCCCGCUACAACGUCCAGCUCCGCGACAUGGAGAAGUGGGUUGUCAAGCUCCUGCCCUCGCGUCAAUUCGGUUACAUCGUCCUGACCACCUCCGCCGGCAUCAUGGACCACGAGGAGGCUCGCCGCAAGCACGUUGCUGGCAAGAUCCUCGGUUUCUUCUACUAG